AACACUUCACUGCCCAAUCUGUUCUGCACAUGCGUGUGCAUUCGCACUCGGAAUCACAAUGUAGCCUAUAUGCAUAUAUAAUGUACAUUGGUCUAACUCUAAUUGUAUGGCGUGGCCAAGAUCCGUAAACAUUAAAGCACAGAAAGGUAGCGCGACUGCUCUUGUUUUAUUGACUAUGUGGCCAUCAGUAUAAAAAUAAAAGGUGUAUGAUGACACAAGGCCCCUAGGAGGAUUGUAUUUUGCUUGCCCAUGCACUGACAUUUAAGCCAGAGGGGUAGAAAAGCAGUUUUUCAACUGCUCUGGGGUGCAUUUCCCGAAAGCAUCAUUAGAGCUACCACAGUUAAAUGAUAGAGGGACUCAUUUUGAACAAUCUCAUGAUUACUACUACUAAUGGUUUCUCAACAAAUGUCGAAAAAAAUGCAUGGAAUGGAUUGAGCAGUGUCAUAAAAGAUGUUAAAUUAUUUGCAUGCGCCAACUUUUGAACAUGUGCCGAACAGAUCGGACUACCGGCACAGAUCAGGCAGUGGACUAAUAACUGUUGAAUUUUUAUAAUAUUUUAGAAUUGAACUGUUUACUGACUCUGUUUACUGUUUAGUGAUUAACUCGAGUCCUAAAACUGAGUCGAGUUAACUAUCUGUAAUCUUUGGUAUAACCCAUACACAGAAAGGUCUUCUUUCCAACAUGGCUGUGGCUACACUCAUCGGGGGUCGACUACUUCCCCUGGACUGCAUAGAUCUGUUACUAUAGCAACGUGUUUAUACAGUCUUAGAUGCAACAUUAGUCUGUAAAAGUCCUUUCUGAAAGUUGAAGACAAAACCUGCUUGCUACAAUGUCGGAAAUGUCGGCCAUGAACAGAAAAUUGAUUCAGAAUCUCGCUGAAACCCUUUCCAGACAGGUGAAACACUUUAACAAGACAGAGGCAGAAUGCCUGAUCCGUCUCUUUAAUGGCCUGCUUGGAGACCAAACAGACAAGCGGGUAGGAAAUGGACUGGACCGAGGCAAAUUCAGGAAUAUACUCCACAAAACAUUUGGCAUGACUGACGAUAUGAUCAUGGAUAGAGUCUUUCGCGCAUUUGACAAGGACAAUGACAGUUACGUUGCUGUCAAGGAGUGGAUCGAGGGAUUGUCUGUCUUUCUACGUGGCACCCUGGAUGAAAAAAUAAAAUACUGCUUUGAUGUUUAUGAUCUUAAUGGGGAUGGAUACAUUUCACGCGAGGAGAUGUUCCACAUGCUGAAAAACAGCUUAAUUAGACAACCGACAGAGGAAGACCCUGAUGAAGGAAUUAAGGACCUAGUAGAGAUCACUUUGAAGAAAAUGGACCAUGACCAUGAUGGCAGGCUUUCCUAUGCAGACUUUGAGAAGGCAGUGAGAGAAGAAAACCUACUCCUAGAGGCUUUUGGAACAUGUCUCCCAGAUGCGAAGAGUAUACAGGCAUUUGAGCAACAUGCAUUCCAAGAACCACUUGAAAGCUGACAACACAUUUUUCAUUUCGAAUUGAUUUUUUGGCACUGAAAGUCAUAUCAAUUAUACAAACACAUAAAUAAAGUAAUUUAUUUUUCAA